CCUGACUGGAUGACUCUCUAACAUGUUCUUCCACCACUAACUGCAAACUUUACCCAAAAAGAUCAUGUUGGCACUUCUGUGUUUUGCUGUGGUCCUCUGUCAACUGCAGGUCCCGUCCAUUACUGCUGAAACAGACAGCAGCUCCUUCUUGAUUUUCAACCAGGACCACAACAAAUGCGUAAAGGUUGAAAGUGCCACCUCACUGACGCUGGCCCCAUGUAAUCCUCAUGCUAAAGAGCAGCAGUUCCGCUGGGCCUCGGAGUCGCGCCUCCUCAGUCUGUCCCUCAAGCUGUGCGUUGGAGCCACUGAAAUCAAAGACUGGGUGAAGGUGCUUCUGUUUGAAUGCAAUGAGACAAGUGAACUCCAGCACUGGCAAUGCAAAAACGAGACGCUCUUUGGCCUCAAAGAUAAGGACCUGCACUUCAACUGGGGCAACCACAAUGAGAGGAACAUAAUGGUCUACACGGGAUCGGGACUCUGGAGUCGAUGGAAGAUAUUCGGUACUCAGAAUGAUCUUUGUUCCAAGGGAUACCAAGAGAUUUUCACAAUAGGAGGCAAUGCCUUUGGAAAACCUUGUCAGUUUCCCUUUAAAUUUACGGAGAAGUGGUACGCUGAAUGCACCGUGGACGGCCGCUCAGAUGGACACCUGUGGUGUGCAACAGAAACAGAUUACAAUAAACAGCAAAAGUGGGGCUUUUGUCCCACCACAUCCACCUCGUACUGGGACACUGACCCAGUCACAGGGGUCCAGUACCAGAGGAAUGCACAAUCAGUGUUGACCUGGUUUCAGGCCAGGAAGAGCUGCCAGCAGCAGGGCGCUGACCUCCUUAGCAUCGUAGAGCUGCACGAGCAGUCGUACAUUUCAGGACUGACCAGUACUUUGGGGACGUCUCUGUGGAUUGGACUGAACAGCUUGGAUUUUCAGAGUGGAUGGCAGUGGAGCAACGGAAACCCAUUCAGAUAUUUAAAUUGGGUGCCAGGCCAUCCAUCAUCAGUUCCUGGAGUUAACUGUGCAACACUAAAUGCUGGUAAAGCCUCCAAAUGGGAAAGCACCACCUGCAACAAGAAACUCGGUUACAUAUGUCGCAAAGGAAACUCAACCAAUCUGCCUCCUCCACUGACAGGCAGCAACCAGCCUAGCUUCUGCCCCAGGCACUGGCUUCCAUAUUCGGGUCAUUGUUACUACCUGGACCGGAGUAAGAAGAUGUGGAAGGAUGCCUUGACUGCCUGCCACAAAGAAGGAGGAGACUUGGCCAGCAUACACAAUAUAGAGGAGCAGAGCUUCAUUAUAUCACAAUCUGGAUACUUGCAGACUGAUGUGCUUUGGAUUGGACUGAACGAUCAGAGGAACCACAUGCUGUUUGAAUGGUCGGACCGAUCCCACGUCACCUUCACCCAGUGGCAGAGAGGUGAGCCUUCUCAUGCCACCAACCUACAAGAGGACUGUGUCCUCAUCAGAGGAAAGUUUGGACAGUGGGCAGAUAGUAUGUGCGAGAAGAUGUAUGGAUACAUUUGUAAGAAGGAAGCGUCUACAACAGCACCUGAAGGAGCCCAGGAGGAGGCUAAUCCAGGGUGCAAGACUGGCUCAUUCCGGUUUGGUUCAUACUGUUAUAACACUGGAGCUGAGACGAAAACAUUUGAUGAGGCAAAGCAGAUAUGUUUAGAUGCCGGCUCUAAUCUGGUAGAUGUGGCUGAUAGAUUUGAAAAUGCCUUUUUGGUCAGCUUGGUGGGGUUGAGACCAGAGAAAUAUUUCUGGAUAGGAUUUUCCAACAUGGACGACAUAAACACUUUCAAAUGGACCAGCAGAAGAAAAGCCACAUUCAGUCAUUUCAAUGUGGGCAUGCCAGACAGACAUCAAGGAUGUGUUGCGAUGACAACUGGAAUGUUUGCUGGGUUGUGGGAUGUUGUUAGCUGCAGCAACAAAGAGAAAUAUAUCUGCAAGAAAAUUGCAGAUGGUGCACAAAUGACCACAAUUCCUCCCACCACUGCAGCUCUGAGUUGUGCAUUAGGAUGGACUCCUGCUGGCAAGAGAAAUGUCUGCUACAAACUUUAUAAAAAGGGGAAGGACCUAAAGAAAACUUGGCACGAAGCACAUGAUUUCUGCAAGGACAUCGGUGGAGAUCUAAUGAGCAUACACAGUCAGGAGGACCUCAGAAAUGCUCAGUACCAAACAUCUGUCACAGCCUGGAUUGGCCUGAGCUACCUCAGUACAAAUGAAGGCUUUGUCUGGACUGAUGGUUCUCCUUUUGAGUAUGAAAAUUGGGGCUAUGGAGAACCAAACAACCACAAUAACAAUGAACACUGUGCAGAAAUGUUUUAUUAUUAUGGACGCCACUGGAACGACCGGCACUGUGAACAUUACAAUGAUUGGAUUUGCCAGAUACGGAAAGGUGUGACUCCCAAACCGGAUCCUGUCUUAGUUGCACCAGUGUAUAACACUACAGAAGACGGCUGGAUUAUAUACAAUGACACGCAGUAUUUCAUCAACAAUGACAAAGUCCCCAUGGAAACUGCGAGAGCAUUCUGCAAAAAGAACUUCGGUGAACUUGCUGUAAUCACAGGGGAGAGUGAGAGGAAAUUCCUUUGGAAACUGAUAGCUAAAGCAUCUGAAGGACAGUACUACAUUGGCAUGACAGUGAAUUUGGAUAAAUCAUUUAGUUGGAUUGAUGAUACCCCUGUAACUUACACUGCAUGGGAACAAAAUGAGCCCAACUUUGCUAACAAUGAUGAAAACUGUGUGACUAUAUACAAGAGCAUGGGGUACUAAGAUAUCAACUGUGGUGUGGAGCUUCCUUCCAUUUGCAAAAGAAGUAGUACUUUUAUAAACACCAAUGGCCCCCACAACUGCCCCCCAAGGAGGAUGUGCCCUGAAUGGCUCUAUUUCCGUGGAAAGUGUUACAAAUUUAUUGUGGGGAAAGACAACAAGAAUUGGCAGCUGGCCAGGCAACACUGCAAAGACCAGGGUGCAAAUUUGGUCUCUAUUGUUAGUGAAAGAGAGCAAGCCUUCCUAACAACACAGAUGCUGCAGUUCAAUGAAGAUGUGUGGAUCGGCAUGAACGAUGUUAACUGGGAGAUGCACUUUGUAUGGACAGACGGGAAAGGGAUUUCUUACACCAACUGGGCCAAAGGGCACCCAACAUCAGUGCCUGAUGGACGUUAUUCAUUCAUGGAUGAGACAUUUGACUGUGUGAUUAUGGUGGGCAGCUCCUCUAAACUAAAAGGAGUCUGGAAGGUUGAAGAUUGUGAUGUUAAUCGCAGUUUCAUUUGCAAAAGGAACAGUGACUCUCAGAUUGCAGUCCUACCCACUAGUGUGCAACCAAGAGCUUUCUACAAGCUUGGCAAUGACUCCUACAAAGUGGUUGCUCAGAAUAUGAGAUGGGACGAGGCAAGAAGGCAGUGCCAAGCAUACGAUGCAGAUCUGGCCAGUAUCCUGAACCCCAUUGCUCAAGCCUUUGUCACCUUGCAGGUGUACAAGUACAAUGAGCCUGUAUGGAUUGGCCUCAACAGCAAUGUGACUGGUGGGCGGUUUAAGUGGGUUGAUAACUGGCUCCUGUCUUACACCAAAUGGGGCACAGAUGAACCAAAAAACAACUAUGGUUGUGUGUAUAUGGAUGUGGACAAAACAUGGAAGACCACACCAUGUACCAACAAGUAUUACUCCCUUUGCAAGAGGUCACCAGACAUACCUCCUACUGAGGUCCCACAGCUUCCUGGAAACUGCCCAGAACCAAAGCAGAAAAGAAGCUGGAUACCCUUCAGAGGACAUUGUUAUUCCUUCCUUAACUCUGUGGUGGACAACUGGGCUCAUGCCUCAGUUGAAUGUCUGAAAAUGGGUGCAAAUCUGGCCAGUGUUCAGGAUCCUCAGGAAAGUCAAUUUAUACAACAGACCCUGGACCUUUUGCAGGAUGGUGCCAAGUCUUUCUGGAUUGGUUUAUACAAGAGCCAUGAAGGUGAGUGGAUGUGGAUUGAUAACAGCGUUGUGGACUACACCAACUGGAAUUCAGGAAUGCCAAAAUCAGAAUCGUGUGUGAAUGUUCAUUCUGACAGUGGUCAGUGGAGCACAAACAGCUGCAUCAGAUAUAGAUCUUACAUCUGCAAAACACCCAAAAUUAUACCACCUACAGAAAAGCUCCAGUCAUUGCGUUGAUCACGAAAGAGGCUUCUCAUGGCUCCGCUGGUGUUGCUGUGGCUAUAGUACUUGUAGUAAUUGCUUUAGUUGGACUUGGUGUAUUCCUCCUCUUCCGAAAAAGAAUACCUACGCCUGUGUUUGGAGAAUUCACCUUUGAUAACAAGUUAUACUUCAGCAAUCCAAUCCGAGCUGCUGUAGACACCAAGGGCCUUGUUCCCAACAUCGAACAGAAUGAACAAACAUAGGAGGAUACGCAGCCAGUGGCAAAAUACUUUAUUUUCAAUUCAAUUGUUGGAAGAACUAAAUUGUACCUAUCUGUUUUUACUUCUUGCAAACACUAUGAAUCAGAUUUAAUAAUAUAAUGUAAAAUAAACAGUCUUUUAAUCAACAUAUAACAGCAACACUUCAAGAUUCAAGAGUAAAAUGGCAAAUAAAAGAACAGUUAAAAAUCAAAAACAUGUUCAUGUAGUUAACGGAACCUUGUCAUAAGGGAUUUGUUAUUUAAUUCAUGGAAUAUUGAUUACAGCACUGUAAAUGUAUGUUAUUGUGUUGCUUUUUUGUCUAAUAAACUGAAAGUAUGUACACACAAUA